GGCCCAGCGGGCCUACCGCUGCCUCCGGGGGCUGGGCCAGAUGCUGUCCGGGGCGAAGGACAUCGCGCUGCUAGAGCACGGGUGCCGGGCUCUGGAGGUGGACAGCUGCAGGUCCCUGAUGAUCCUGGGCAUCCGGGAAGACUGCAACCACGACGAGUUCGAAGGCAUCAUACGGGCCCCCCUGAAGCCUCUGGGCAAGUUCGAGGUGGCUGGGAAGGCCUUUCUGGAAGAAGAGCGGUCCAAGGCAGCCAUCAUCAGGCUGGCGGAGGACAUCAAUUACGCCGUCAUCCCCAGGGAGAUCAAGGCCAAGGGCGGCGUGUGGAGAGUGGUCUACAUGCCCCGGAGGCAGGACAUUGAAUUCCUGACCAAGCUGAACCUCUUCCUGAACAGCGAGGGCAGGACCGUGGAGGAUGUGGCCCGGGUCCUGAGGCAGGAAUUGUGUCCCACAGUGACGGGCCCCAGAGAGCCACCUGCCAGAAAGUGCGGUGCGCCGGGAUCCGGGGCGAAGCCGGGGGGCUGGGGCCGCCGCCGUGCGGAUGCAGGGCCGCCUCUGGACGCCACGGAGAAGCCCGGCAAGGCUGGGGAUGAGAAGAGAGGUAAGAAGAAGCAUAAGAAGAACCGGCGGCGGCACCAUGCGCCUGACAAGCUGUGAGAUAUUUGCUGCACACCUACUAUGUCCCAGGCGCUGUUCUAGAGGCUGGGAGCAGGGAGCAGACCCCACACAGACCACUGCCUUCAAGGUGCUCAUAGAGACUGGGGAGCAUUUGAGUUACCGGGGUGCAUCUGAAGGGGUGUGGGUACCAUUUGAGUAGAUGCAGGUAAUCUGGUUGAGCAUGGACCACUCAUUCGCUCAACAGAUGUUUUCUAGCACCCAAGGUGUAUGCCGGGCACCGUUCCAGGCACCGGGCUUACAGCAGGGAACAAACACCCCACCCUUGGCCUGGGGACACUCAGAAUUAAGUAUCUGGGUAGGUGCGGGGAACACCUGAGUUACCUGACUCUAUGAGCAAGGGUGGUAGCAUUUGAAUAUGUGGGUGGCAUCUGAGUAUGAACAUAAUAUAUGAGGAGUUGUGGCCAACAUCUAAGUAUGGGAAUAACACCUGGGUAUGUGCGUGUGUCCUUUGAGUGGCAAGGGUAACUUCUGGGUGAAGAGGGGUCUCAGAGACCCUCAAACCACGUCUAACGACCUGGAGACCCCAAGGAAGGAGUUGCGAGGUCACAGUCCCAGUCGAGAAGCACACUGGACUGUUUCCAUGGAGAACGCGGGCUGCCCACCCCUCCUCCCUCCCUGGGAGAGCAGGUGUUUGCAGGAAACGGAAGAAGAGAAACAGGGUCUGGGAUUCCAAGGAUUCCCAGGAGGUCUCUUGCCAGAAUUGAGGAAAAGCCAAGAAGGAGGAACAUGUCAGAGAGAUCCCUGCUCUGGAGAAAGGCCGCUAUCUCCUUCCCCACCAUCAUCGCCACCCUGUGACCACCCCCCCAACCCAAGAGGGGAACAGCCCCUUUUGCUAAGCAUGUGUUGCCAGGAAGAGGCACAGAACCUUCUCGCUUUGAGCACUGCUGGAAAUCCUGCCAUUGCAAAGCCUAGACCGGUUUUGGUUUCUCAGGGGUUUUGUUUGGUUUUGGGUUUUUGGUUGGUUUU